AUGCAGAACGAUAUUCUGCCCAGUCAAUGGAAACCACUGGACAGCAACAUACCCGCAAACUUGAUCGAUCGGCGCAUUUUCUUCCACGAAACGAGCGGUAAAGCCGAUCUGAAUUGGCAGCAGUGCUGUGCCGUGGAAUCGGCAGCCAAACACAAUCACGACCGACUCGUCCAACUCUUUCUCCGACCGAGAUCGACUGCUGGCAGUGAUGAAUCGUCUAGUCCUUUUCCCUCGACAUCAACGUUUUACAGGCCACCCUGGUUAGAGGUCCUUUCGCAAUACCCUAACGUGGCUGCCAUUUUAGUCAACGAGGAUCAUUACUUUGCUGGAAGCCCAUUGCAAGAUUGGUACGAAAAGGGCCAAUGGCUCAAGAGCCCAUACCAAGUCGCUCACCUGUCCGACUACAUCCGCAUCCUGACGCUCAACAAGGGAGGCGGACUCUACCUGGACACGGACAUCCUGACUCUCAAAGCUUACCAGGGCGAUCAUUUCCGCAACUGCUUGUCUUACGACAGUUCCGACAUGGGAGUCAUUAGCAACGGUGUAAUGCAUUUGGAACGCGGCCACUGGCUGACGGUUCAAAUGAUGCGGUUGAUGGCCGAAGAAUACGACCCAUCGGAAAUGGUUUUUCACGGCUCGCAAGCCGUCAGUUUCUUGAUGCAUUCUUCCUGCGCAAUAAUUCAAGGAGACCCGUCGUCCAACACUUGCAAGGACAUCAAUCUCCUCUCGUCUAAUUUCUUCUUCCUGAUCGAGAGGCCAUUUUCUGACGUUCUCUACGACAAGUUGAGCAAUUCGACGAAUGGCAUUUUAUCUCAAAUUAAAAGAAGCUACGGCGUUCAUUUGUGGAAUUCGGAAAAGGCGAAUAGACAGCGUCCGUUUUUAGCAACGGAUAGCAUUUUGGGGGCUCUAGCUCAAAUUCAUUGUCCGUUGACUGUAGCCAAAGCAUCUCAAUUUCAUUCUUAA